UAUCUACUCGUUGAAAUAAGCUGAUCUAAGAUGUCUGGAAGAGGAAAGACCGGUGCCGGCAAAGCCAGAGCGAAGGCAAAGACUCGCUCCUCCCGUGCUGGACUCCAGUUCCCCGUCGGUCGUGUCCACAGGCUCCUGAGGAAAGGCAACUAUGCCCAGCGUGUCGGUGCUGGAGCCCCCGUGUACCUGGCGGCCGUGCUCGAGUACCUGACCGCUGAGAUCCUGGAGCUGGCCGGAAACGCCGCCCGCGACAACAAGAAGACCAGGAUCAUCCCCCGUCACCUGCAGCUGGCCGUCCGCAACGACGAGGAGCUCAACAAGCUGCUCGGCGGAGUCACCAUCGCUCAGGGCGGCGUGCUGCCCAACAUCCAGGCGGUCCUGCUGCCCAAGAAGACCGAGAAGCCCGCCAAGGCAAAGUAAAUGCCCCAUCAAGCAAACACAACCAACGGCUCUUUUAAGAGCCACCCACUUACUCUCAGAACAAACUCCUGCAACACCACUUGCUAGAGACACGAAGUUUAUAAGGUCAACUUACUGAAGUACUUCAUCUGUGCUCAUACUCACAAAAAUACAAACUUCUUUAUUGC